AUGGGAAAUAUAGUAAUCGGAACAAAUCUUAAUCUUUGGUUCUUGGCUGAGUAUGCAAGUUUCUGUUCUGUUCUGUUGGCUGCAAGUGAUCUGUUCUUAUGGCUGCUAUGGUCAGUUCUGAUCUGUUCUAACUGUUGCUGGUGUAUCGAUCUGAGUAUGAAAGCUGCUGAAAUUCAACCAUCUAUAAUUUUUUUUGAUGAGAUUGAUGGGUUGGCACCUUGCCGCACUAGGCAGCAAGAUCAGACACAUAAUUCAGUUGUUUCCACCUUGCUUGCUCUAUUAGAUGGUUUAAAAUCUAGAGGCUCAGUUGUAGUAAUAGGCGCAACAAAUCGUCCUGAUGCUGUUGAUCCAGCUUUAAGACGACCUGGUAGGUUUGUUAGGGAGAUUUAUUUCCCACUUCCAUCAGUUGAGGACAGAGCAGCUAUUCUCUCGCUUCACACACAAAGUUGGCCAAAGCCAGUCACUGGAUCAGUGCUCAAUUGGAUUCCUAGAAGAACUGUAGGUUUUGCUGGUGCUGAUCUGCAGGCUCUUUGUACCCAAGCAGCCAUUAUAGCCCUGAGGAGGAACUGCCCCUUGCAAGAAAUAUUGUCUGUAGCUGAAAAGAAAGCUUCUCAUGGUAAACGUCCUCUUCCCACCUUUGCGGUGGAGGAGAGGGAUUGGUUGGAGUCUCUUGCAUGUGCACCACCUCCAUCCUCUCUGGCUGCAAAUGAUGUGGUAUCCUCACCUCUUCGCAGCCAUCUUAUUCCUUGUCUGCGGCAACCGCUGUCUAGAUUGCUUGUUUCCCUUUAUCUUGAUGAACGUCUCUUGUUGCCUCCUCAUCUUUAUAAAGCUGCCACACUCGUCAAAAGUGUAAUUGUUUCUGCUUUGGAUAAGGAGAAAGUGCCGAGUGAUCAUUGGUGGUUCCGUGUUCAUGACUUGCUUCAAGAAACAGAUGUUUUGAGAGAGAUUGAGAUUAACCUUUCACGUGGUGGCAUUUUAAUUGGACAGGCUAGUGAUUCCAAUUUUGAUGAUUGGGGUGAGGGUACUAAUGAUGACAGUUUGAAGUACAAAUAUCCAAAAGAUCAGCAAAUAGGUACUCGACCUAGUUUGUUGCAGAAUAUAUAUUAUGCAUCAGCAAAUAAGUUAGGAUUCCGCAUGCUGAUUUCUGGAAGCCCCAGAUCUGGCCAGAGGUAUCUUGCUUCUUGCCUUCUCCACUGCUUUGUUGGGAUUGGGAAUAUGGAAAUCCAAAAGGUUGAUUUGGCUACAAUUUCACAAGAGGGACACAGAGAUGUAACUCAAGGAGUAACUCGAAUAUUAGGUGUCUUGCAAAUUAUGCUGUAUUAUAGAAGUUCUUGUGAUUAUUGGACCAGAUUUUGGGCUGUUUCUGGGCUGAACUGGUGCCCUGAGGUCUUUGCUGGUAUGCUGAGGCUGUUGAGCAGAUCUGCUAUGCUGAUUGAUCUGAGCUGAAAAGGGAGGUUGAUUCUGGGUUGAUCUGGUGCCCUGAAGCCAUGGUUUGCAUAGGUCUGCUCUGCUGCCUAUUGAACAGAGUUGCUAUGCUGCUGAUUUCUGAUAUGUUCAAAUACAGUCUUGGUUUCUGCUGUGUUGUAAUAAUUGCUCAGAUAUGUUUAGGCUAUUCUUGGCAUUAGGACUGAGAUGCAGGUAAAUCUGUCGCCAAUAUUUGGAGGUGGAAGCUGGGCUUUGCAGAUUGGUAGUCUCGCUGAGGUAGGCAGCUGGUCUGUUUUGUCUGUGAAGGUAAUCUGGCUCCAAUGUUGCUCUAUUGGAAUGAUCUAUCUGCUCUGUUGGAAGUUGGAAGCUGGUCUGGCUCCACUGUUGCCCCCUUGGAAUGUAGCAGAUUGUAAUAGCCUCAUACCUUGUUAUUUUCUUUGAUUUUUUUGUUCUUUUAAUUUUUGGUGAGAGCAAAGUGUAGUUUGAGAUUGAAUUUUUAGUGAUUGUUUUUGCCAAAACACAGAUUGUACGUACUAUUGCUCUUGUAUAUAUGUUAAAUUCUCAAGUUUUCUUCUUAGUUAAAUUCUUUGGCUGUGUUGAAUGAAUUUUGUUCCUUAAUUGUGGUACCGAAACUGUGAGCAAUUUUUAAUUU